AUGCCUGGUCAUCAUAUGAGUGAGCCGUGGAAGCCUGAGGAACACUUUCCGUACCCAGUUGAGAUCCCCGACUUGUUGGUGGAGGAGCUGUUCUGGGCUAUGCAGGAGGAGGAAGAUGCCCUGUCUCUCUCCUCCUCCCCCUCAGUCCUGUUUAUAGACAGCCUAGAGGAGGUGCCUGCUGCUGAGACACCAAGUCCUCCCCAGAGUCCUCAGCGUGCCUGCCCCUCCCUCCAUGCCAUGGAAGCCUUUCCAUGCAGCCAAUCUGAAGAUGAGAACUCCAGCAUUCGAGAUGAAGAGGGUCCAAACACUGAGGGGGGCUCUGAAGAUGAUGCCGAUUUCUUGCUCCACAAAUCACUGCAUUCGAAGAUGAUGGAAAUGGUGGAGUUCCUGCUCCUGAAGUAUCGUGCAAAGGAGCCAACCACAAAGGCAGAAAAACUGAGUAGUGUCAUCAAAGAGCACCAGGAGCACUUUCCUGAGCUCUUCAGUGCGGCUGUUGAGUGCACUGAGUUGGUUUUUGGUGUUGUUGUGAGGGAAGUAGACCCCAGUACCCACACCUCUGUCCUGGUCACUGCCUUGGGGCUCACCUAUGAUGGGAUGGUGAGCGAUGAGCACAGAUUUCCCAACACAGGCCUCCUGGUCACACUUCUGUGUGUGAUCGCCUCAGAGGGUGAUUGUGCCACUGAGGAGAAAAUCUGGGCUGUACUGAAUGAUUUAGGGGUGCAUGAUGGGAAGGUACAUUGGCUCUAUGGGGAGCCCAGGGAGCUCAUCACCAAAGUUUGGGUGCAGGAACAGUACCUGGUGUACCGCCAGGUGCACAAUAGCGACCCUGCAUGCUAUGAGUUCCUGUGGGCCCCGAGGGCCCAUGCUAAGACAACCACGGUGAAAGCCCUCAAGUUUAUGCACACGGUUAGUAGGGAUUUCCAUCUCCUCCCAUGCCUUCCUGAAGAGCCUGAGUGCAAUGAGAAAUACUCUGCCUGA